AUGCGUCUCCCGUCCUUCCUCGUCACUUUCGCUGCUUCGGCAGCAACUGCAAGCCCCCUCACUCCUCGCGCGAUUGAUUCGAAACUAAUUUCCUCCACCAACGACUUCAGCUGCCGGAGCACCAAGUAUCCUAACCCCGUCAUAGCCCUCCAUGGCCUGUUCGCAACUGCGAACUCAGACCUCAACUUUCUUGAAGCCUGGCUCCGGCCCCAAGGCUUCUGCACCUUCUCGCUGACCUAUGGCCAGUACCCCCUCAUUCCUUUGGGCGGACUCAAAGCCGUAAGCGAGUCCUCUGUCGAGAUCGCCGACUUCAUCAAGAACGUGCUGGACAAGACUGGUGCACCAAAGGUCGAUAUUGUCGGCCACUCCGAGGGAGGACUGCAGUCUCUGUACUUGCCCAAGUUCGCUGCCAUCGCCGAUCGAGUCGACAAGAUCAUCGCCAUUGCUCCCCCAACGCACGGGACCGACUCUUCCGGUCUGGUCGCCCUUGCCGAUACACUUGGCAUCAGGCCGCUUGUGAACGAAGUGCUGGACAAAAUCGGCUGCGACGCGUGCAAUGAUAUGAUACCUGGCGGGCCUGCCGUCAUGAAGCUGAACUCCGGAGCUGUGGUCCAGCCCGGCAACAAGGUGACCGUCAUCGCCUCUCGCAACGAUCGUACGGUUGUCCCGCCGUCGAGUGCUUUUGUCAAAGAAACUGGUGUCAGCAACAUCUUUGUGCAAGAUUACUGUCCUCUUGACUUGGUUGGCCACGUCAGCCUGGCCAUUGAUCUCAAUGUGUGGAACUUGGUCCUCAACUCUCUCGAGAACAGAAUCGGUCGCAAGUUUCCUUGCGUCAUCUCAUUCCCUUUCUGA